AUGGAUCUUCAAGACCAUCCCCUCUAUGGAAAAAGGAAGAAAAGAAGACCAGCCUGUGCUAAUCCAUUGUUUUUACAAUGGCUGACAGAAUGGAGAGAGGAGGCUGCACAAAAAGGCUUGAAAACACAGUAUGUGUAUGGCAAGGCAAUCAAGUCUUUGAAGAAUUAUCCUCUACAUUUGGCUACAGGAAAAGAUUGCAGGAUUUUGGAACAUUUUGGUGAUAAAACAUGCAAGUUGAUUGACGAAAAGUUGGCUGAACAUAUAGAACUGCAUGGAUGUGUGGUCCCACCAGAUCCUGCAGAUGUCCCAAGAAAAGCACGAAAACUGCAAAAGAAAAGUCAGGCAGCGCCGGGAAACUUGACACAGCCAGCUAACAUUUCAAGUCCCACUAGACCUGUAGCCACGGCAGGAUCCAUUAACCUUACAAAUGUAAAUGAUGAUGUGGACUUGACUGUAACACCACCUCCAAAGAGAUUUGCCCGGCCCCGCAAUGAAAGUGGAGAACAAGAGUACGUACCAUCUUACAGGUCCGGAGCUUAUGCACUCAUGCUGGCACUGUACAGAGACACACAGGAUCCUUGUAGCAGAGGUUACCUGUCCAAGUUAGAUCUCAUCAGGAAGGCUCAACCCCUGGCAGAUAAAUCUUUUACAGUUCCAGAUGCAGGUUGUCGGUAUACAUCCUGGUCCUCCAUGGGUACUCUCAUCAAAAGGGCUCUUGUCAUUAAGGAAAGUAAUCCAGCCAAGUACCGUAUCACAGAUGCUGGGUGUGAACUGGCACACAAACUAGAAAUGGUAGGAGCAGAUGGUCACAUGUCCACAACAGAAGACCACACACAAAGCUGUGCUCCUAGAGAUGUGUUUUCAUUGGGCAGUCCUGUCAGUCUCUCUGACCAGCACAUCAGUCAGGGGAGAAAUGUCAAAUCAAGCUUUGAGUUUAUGUAUGUGGAUGAAGCUGAUAAUCCAGUUCUGACAAAGGAUAAAGCACAAGUUCUUGUUGAUGAUGAUUUUGGUAUUGGGUUUUUAGUGCACUGUGACUACCAUGGAUUACUGACUAGUGGUAAACUUUAUAAACUGGACAUGGGCAGACCUAUGAGUGACAAAGUGUAUACUUAUCUCCAUGACAAUGAUGCCCCAGACCGGGCUGUUGUAUCCUCACCAAGACUGCCAUCCCUACAUAAAUCUGACAAUGAAGAGGGAGAGAAUAAUCUGAUAUCUUACCGUCAAGGAAUUCCAAAGUUAGCCUCAUUAGACGAAGAACCUAUGACCAGACAGGCUGCACCAAGCGUUCUCAGGCCAACAUUAUAUUUUGACAAUACCAAGGGAAGGAAAGUAAAACCCAAGGCAAGAAGUAAACCUAUCAAGUCAUCGCCUGUACAACUGUCUGCAGGUGCUUCCUGUUCCCAUCUGCCUAGCCUCAUUGACAAGCUGUCUGACUGUACAGAAUCCAGUACCAUGGCAACACUAUCAAACUCCCAGGAGUCCCAGGAGUCCAUCCCCUCUAUCAGCUCAGCGUCAUCUGUGUCCAGUCUACCGCGACCAGAUUUUAUCCUCACCCCAGGAAACUUUGAUGUCAUUCUCUGUAUAGACAACCAAGAGUUCUACGGUGGAGGGAAAAAAGGAAGUAAGACUUUACUCCCAGAUUUGAUGAAAAAUGGGGUAAACUGUGACCUGCGGAAACUUCAAGUAGGCGAUCUGCUGUGGAUAGCAAGAGAGAGAACAGCAGGAAAAUCAGGUAAAGGGAGAGAACUUGUGUUGGACUAUGUGGUGGAAAGGAAGCGAAUGGAUGACUUGGUCCACAGCUGUAUUGAUGGCAGACUUCCAGAUCAAAAGUUUCGGUUGAAACAUUGUGGAAUCAAUAAUGCCAUAUUUCUGAUAGAGAUGCAUGGCUCAAUGCAACACUACAGUAUAGCUGAGGACAGAAUAAAACAGACAAUUACAAACUUACAGAUUAUUGAUGGAUUUCAAAUAAAACGGACAGGCAACACAAAAGAAUCUGUGUCCUAUCUUACCAUGAUGACACGAUACAUCCAUAGUUGCUAUAGGAACAAGACCUUGUACGCUACCAGUCCAGAUGACCUUCCAGUGAAAGGUCACAUCAAUGAUGCAGAACAAAGACUUCUUACUUUUGAACAGUUUAAUCUGGGAUCUGUCAAAUCCAAGGCGCUGACUGUCAGAGAAAUGUUUGGGAAACAGUUAAUUCAGUUAAAUGGCAUGUCGGCCGAGAAGGCUAAAGCUGUCACUGACAAAUAUCCCACACCAUCAGAUAUUUUGGAGGCAUAUGGCAACUGUCACAGUAUUAAGGAAAAGGAAAACCUGCUUAGUAGCAUAAAGUCUGGAAAGGCCAUGAGAAAUCUUGGACAAAGUUUGAGCAAGCAAAUAUGCCAGUUGUACUGUACUCAGCAAGCUCUUACAUGA